CAAAUCAGGAGCUGCCGGAAAGCUGGGGCCCUGUCAAAACAAUGCAGUUUAAACGGCGUCUACAAUUUAACGGGAAACGCGAACGCCCCUAGCCCGAUUUUUGAGGUGCCACCUUUUGAUUAGCGACUCGACUCGCCGCGCCACCGACGCUUUGUUUGCGUUCCCCCGACCUCGUGCGGAUGUUUUUGUUGGCUGCAGAUGGAGGCGGCUAGCGAGCGCCUGCUCUUGACGUAGCCUGCCGCAGGGGAUCCAAGAGCAGAAAGAGGGGAAGACAGCGAGCGACAAACGGAGGACAUCCAUACGCGCCUCGCUCCUGCUUCCGCCCGGGCACCGAGCCCCAUGGCCGACUAGCACUCGCUUUGCGUUCUGUCAUGGCUCCGUGUUCCGUGGCGGCGGCCUGCCGCAGCCUGGCCCUCUCGACGUGGCUGCUGUCCUUUUGCUUCGUCCACCUGCUGUGCCUCGAUUUCACCGUGGCCGAGCGGGAGGAAUGGUACACGGCUUUCGUCAACAUCACCUACGUGGAGCCCGCCACCAAGACGCUGCGCAUCGACAAGUCCGAAUGCGGGCGUUACGGGGAACACUCGCCCAAGCGGGACGCCAAGGGGGUAGUAGUCCUGCCUGCCGCUCCGCACGAUCGCCAGGCCUGCGACCCCUCCACCCCGUUUGUGGUGCCAGCCCAAGCCGGUGCGUGGGUGGCUCUGAUCGCCCGCGGCAACUGCACGUACAGGGACAAAAUCCGGCACGCCGCCGAGCGCAACGCCUCGGCCGUGGUCAUUUUCAACGUGGGCUCGUCCAACGCCAACGACACCAUCACCAUGCCUCAUCCGGGCACAGGCGACGUGGUGGCCAUCAUGAUUCCGGAGCCCAAAGGUCGUGAGGUGGUGUCGCUGCUGGAGCGCAACGUGACCGUCACCAUGACCAUCACCAUCGGGACCAGGAACCUGCAGAAGUAUGUGAGCCGCACCUCGGUGGUCUUUGUGUCCAUCUCCUUCAUCGUGCUGAUGAUCAUCUCGCUGGCCUGGCUCGUCUUCUACUACAUCCAGAGGUUCCGAUACGCCAACGCGCGAGACCGCAAUCAGCGCCGCCUCGGUGACGCAGCCAAGAAGGCCAUCAGCAAGCUGCAGGUGCGCACCAUCAGGAAGGGCGACCAAGAGAUAGAAGCCGACUUUGAUAACUGCGCCGUGUGCAUCGAAGGCUACAAGGCCAACGACGUGGUCCGUAUCUUGCCGUGCAGACAUUUGUUCCACAAGAGCUGCGUGGACCCGUGGCUCCUGGACCAUCGCACGUGUCCAAUGUGCAAGAUGAACAUCCUGAAAGCACUGGGAAUCGCUUUGAACGCAGACUACCUGGACGACCUGCCGCUGGAUUACGACCUGGUUCCGGGCGGCGGAGCGGGGCCCCUAGCGCUGGAGGCCGUAGUCUCUGGGGCAGCCAGCGACGGCACGCUAAGUGAGGGAGGCGCUUCUGUGGUUCUGGACCCGGGGGUACGACACAUGGGACUCCCGCAGGACUACCACGACCCGCCAGACACUCUGAGGGACAGUCCUUUGACGGCCACCACCGACACUCACACGGGUGAGCUCCAGCCGAUGGUGAGCAGCGUCUCCAUGGCGUCGCUGGUAAUUGCCGUGGAAACGGGUCUGUCAGAUGAGGAGGGAUCCGUUCAAGCAUCACACAUAGGGGACAAGUCCUGAGAGAAAGCUAAACCAAAAAAAAAAAAAAAAAAUUCAAACGAGCAAAAUAGAAGGAGAACUUCUUUGAGCUUGGCCUACUCCCAACCGGCACCUCAACCACACCACGUUUUCCCCAAAAACCUGGUUACAGGAUGGAAACAGUUGACUCGUCAGCGUGUAUCCCAAUGGUGCCCGGCGUUCCAAAUCUCCAAAUUUCCUCGGAUUCACGCUGGACUUCCUGAAUCCAAAGAGAACAAAAAGCAUUGAUGAGAAAACGACUGAAAGCAAAUCCCACUCCAGUCACGAGGUUGCCAAUUUUACAUCUUGCUGAUGAACGACUGCUUGGGACUUGACAUGAAAAGAUCCAAGGAUUACGUCCUGUCAGGUUAAAACUUAAUGGAAAAGGAAGUCAUAGAGAAGAGAGACUGGUUUGUGGCAAGUCAAUGUUGCAACUCAGCAAGAUUGCCCAACUCGCUUGAAAUUUAGCAGCUAUUUGACUAACUUUUCUUUUUGUCAGAGAAACUUGGGACUUGCACAUGUGACUCCUCCCACUUGUGAUUGUCUGCAUCAUCUACCUUUUGUGGAAUGUUCCAGGACCUGGUCCCGCUCACUUCUCGUCCUACUCCGCAAUCUCGCCCAACGAGGCCACUGGGUGAACAUUUGUGUUGACCUCGUAGUUGCUCGUGUGUGCCAUUGUAGUGUUGCUUCUCCUUCCGUCCCCAAUAAGAUGGCAAGAAAUGUUGGUACGGCGAGCAAGCAACAUUUCUUCCUUCGUCCCAUCGGCGACAAUCAAUUUUUUAACAUUUUUCUCUUUCACUGUUCCCGCCGACACUAUGGGGAGAGGACAGAGAGGCGGCGCGUAACGACGAGCGCUCCAGAUUGUCAUCUAUUUUGCUAUCAGACGAGAUGUUUAUUUUUGUAAUGCCAGAAAGAUGAAAUCGACACCGCUCCCGCCCCACCCCUUCUCCUGCUGGCGGUGUCUUGUACAUAAAGAACGGCGCCAAGUGACGGACAUCCUAAAGGUCAACAUUUUUUCCCGUGUUGAAACAUGAACUUGCACAGCUUGGAUCCAAAACAAAACUGGUGUGAAUUUUGUUUUGUGGCACGUCACGCAAUAUUUUCAGGCCAAGUUUUCUGCCAAAAUGAAAUGAACAAAUGCAUCAAGCAAGAAUCCCGGUAGCGGUUUUGCUUUUUGUUAAAUAGAUUUUUGGCACCAUCGGGUUUGUGAAGCGCCAAUAACGCUGUUAUUUGUAUACGAGAGCAUUUCAAGUCUGACAUUUUACACUCUGUGCGUUAUUAUAAAAAUUUCACAGGCUGCAAAUUUCUUUCAAGCUUGCUGGCAAAUGCAAAGGAUUUUUGUUGUUGUGGUCAAAGCUUACCUUGCUCCCCGUUUAUGUGAGCACUUGACCCCGGUGCCGAGCUUGUUCGCUGUAAUGUGACGACGACAACUCAUCGUCAUGGCUGCUUUUUCUUUAGUGAAUGCUGUUCGAAUUAAACUUCUCUGUUGUGUU